AUGUUCCACCUAGCUCUUCUGCACCUUCUCGCCGCAGCAUCGUCAUGCGUACAUGCCCAACAAUACAUCUCCGCUCCCUCGUAUCCAUCGCCUUGGGCGAGUGGUGGUCCUGGCUGGGAUGAAGCUUACGCCAAAGCGAAGGACUUUGUCAGCCAGUUGACCUUAGUAGAGAAGGUCAACCUGACCACAGGCACCGGCAACCAGGCCGAUCUGUGCACCGGAAACACGGGUUCGGUGCCCCGUCUUGGCUUCCGGCACUUGUGCCUUCAAGACGGGCCCAACGGCGUAAGAUACACGGAUCUGAAUUCUGUCUUCCCCGCCGGCAUCUCGGCUGCUGCCACAUGGAGCCGUUCACUCCUCCGGCGCCGCGGCUUGGCACUUGGCGAGGAGUUUCGAGGCAAGGGCAUAGAUGUCAUGCUCGGGCCCGUCGUAGGACCGCUUGGCCGGGACCCAGCAGGCGGCCGCAACUGGGAAGGGUUCAGUCCCGACCCAUACCUGAGCGGAGUGGCUGUCGCCGAGACAGUGAAGGGCACACAGGAGGCCGGAGUAGUUGCGUGUGUUAAGCACUAUAUUCUUAACGAACAGGAGCACUUUCGAUCUGGAAUUAGUUCCAACCUUGAUGAUCGAACUAUGCAUGAGCUGUACCUUUGGCCUUUCGCCGAUGCGGUGCGGGCAGGUGUUGGAUCGGUGAUGUGCUCGUACAACAGAAUCAACAACACCUUUGCUUGCGAGAACACACAAGCACUCAACUACCUUUUGAAGAACGAACUCUCAUUCCAGGGUUUUGUUAUGUCGGACUGGGGUGCUCAACAUAGCGGGGCCAUCAGUGCCCUAUCUGGACUCGACAUGGCAAUGCCUGGUGACGGGCCUCGAAAUUCAUAUGGUUCCUAUUGGGGUGGUGCGCUAACAGAGAUGGUCUUAAACGGGACAAUCCCGCAGUGGCGAAUCGACGACAUGGUCCUCCGGAUAAUGGCGGCGUUCUACAAAGUCGGCCGCGAUAUGAAGCGUGUGGACAUCAACUACUCGUCCUGGGUGAAUACAACAUCCGGCCCUCGGUACUUUGCUUCGAAGACCGGUAACACCACAGUCAACCAGCACGUGAACGUCCAAGGCGAGCAUUCGUCCCUAAUACGGGAGAUAGGAGCCAAAUCCAUCGUGCUCCUGAAAAAUGUGGGCCAUUCUCUGCCCCUGAGGAAGCCAAGCAGCAUCGCGGUCAUCGGUGAGGACGCACAAGACAACCCUCGUGGGCCAAAUGCUUGUGUAGAUAGGAUCUGCAACACGGGAACACUGGCCAUGGGCUGGGGCUCGGCGACAGCAGAAUAUCCUUACCUUAUAGCGCCAGCGACUGCCUUGGAGAGUCAAGCCAAGGGUGACGGAACGGUAUUCUCCAACUUCAAGUCCAAUUGGGAUCUUCCAGGGGCUCGGGCCGCUGCGGGAAACGCAUCAGUGGCAAUCGUCUUUGUGAAUGCCGAUGCUGGGGAGGGCUACAAGGACCUGGAUGGCAACCUAGGAGAUCGCAAGAACCUGACCUUGUGGAAUGGCGGCGACAGUCUUGUUGAAGCUGUCGCUUCGGUCACUCCGAACACUAUCGUCGUGAUCCAUUCCGUUGGACCCGUCCUUAUUGAUCACAUCAAAACGCAUCCCAAUGUGACCGCCAUGCUGUGGGCAGGUCUCCCGGGGCAAGAGUCUGGGAACGCAAUUACUGACGUGCUGUAUGGCCGCGUCAACCCGCAAGGCAAGACACCAUUCACAUGGGGGAAGCAUGCCGGCGAUUGGGGAGUUGCCACUCUUAACGCAACUGGCAUAGCCCCACAACAAGUGUUUAGCGAGGGGAGUUUCAUCGACUACCGCCACUUCGACCGCGCGGGUAUAGAACCAAGCUUCGAGUUUGGGUUUGGACUGAGCUAUACCAACUUCACCUACUCCAACUUAACUAUCACCCCAACGAACGGGACUGCGUACCAGCCAGCUACUGGGAAGAGCGCGCCUGCACCCACCUUUGGGGUGGUUGACAGGAAUGCAAGUUCGGCAUUAGCGCCGAAAAGUUUCACCAAAGUCCCUAGAUUCAUAUACCCUUGGAUUAAUGAUGUGAAUGCGCUGAACUCAUCAGGAUCCGGGACUGUUCCGCCUGGAAGUCAAGAUGGCUCCCCUCAAAACCUUCUACAUGCCGGCGGUGCGCCUGGUGGGAACCCGGGGCUGUACGACAUCGUAUUCUCCAUUCGCGUAUUGAUCACCAACACUGGGGCACUGCUGGGGACGGAAAUUGCCCAGCUUUAUGUAUCACUCGGAGGUCCAGAUGACCCAAAGGUCGUAUUACGAGGCUUUGACGACGUCGAACUAAGCCCUGGGCAGAGCAAAGAGGUCGUCUUCGCCGUGACACGGAGGGAUAUCAGCAGUUGGGACCCCGUUACCCAGAACUGGAUCGCCAGUCCGUAUCCCAAAGGCGUCUAUAUUGGGACGAGCUCACGGCAAAUUAUGCUGCACGACAACCUAAGUAGAGACAUUCUCACCUAG